UGUCAUAUCAAGGUCAGAGGAAUGCCGAGAAAAUUAGUCGAAAAACAGAAUAAACAGAUGUUUGUGACGAAUUCUUCGAUAAUACAGUACUCGAUAAGGUCUGCUACAGUAGGCGUGUAGUGGAAUGAUGUAAUAAAUGCCGUCAACAUGGCUCUGAAAACAUUUGUGUUUCGAUUGGUGCAACAAAAGAAACUAAUAGUAAAUUAUGCCCCAAUAAUAUACCAAUGUGGAAAAUACCAUAAUCAUAGUGAAGAGAGGCGGGGCUUCAGAAAAAAACUCGCCGUAUUGUUAUUUGGAUCAGUACUUGUUGGAAAAUCUCUAGCUGAUGAUUUCAUUAAAUCACAACACAACAUCAGUCAGACAGGGAAGAAAGAUAGUACUGAGGAUAAAGAUGGAGUCUUUGAGGCAGGAGCUAACAAGCCAGGUUUGCCUGUGUAUAGUGCGGAGGAAGUCAGCAAACAUGAUUCCACCGACAGCUUUUGGGUGACAUACAAACAUGGCGUCUAUGACGUCACAUCGUUCCUCCCCUCCCACCCUGGGGGUGCGCAAAUCCUCAACGCGGCCGGCCUUAGUAUAGAACCCUUCUGGAACGUCUAUGGGAUGCAUAAGACUAAGGAGAUAUAUACUCUGCUCGAGUCGUACAGGAUAGGUAAUCUUCGAGACGAGGAUGUAGUAGACCAUACGGAUGACGAGAUGUGGGUAAAGGAGCCAGUUCGCGACCGCAGACUCAUUAUCAAAACAGCCAAGCCAUUCAACGCCGAGAUACCCAUGAAGUUACAAGUGCAACAUUUCGACACGCCCAACGAACUAUUCUACGUCCGUCAACACAUGCCCGUGCCCGAAGUGGAAGCCGAGACGCACACACUCCGCAUCAACAUCGCGGGUCGCGACAGUUCAGUCGCGUUCACACUACAGGACCUCGCCAAGUUCCGGCAGGCGAGCGUGCGGGCCGCGCUUAUGUGCGCGGGGAAUCGAAGAAGCGAGAUGAAUAAGCAGGUGAAGCCAGUGAAAGGUCUGAGUUGGCAGGGCGGCGCCAUCAGCAACGCUGUGUGGAGUGGCGUUUACUUGCGAGACGUGCUCAAACACUGCGGAGUUGAUAUGGAGGACACGCAAGGGAAGCAUAUCAUAUUCACAGGUUCAGACAUAGACGCGACCGGCCACAACUUCAGCACAUCCAUCCCUCUCCACAUGGCCGUGGACCCCAGCUCACGGAUAUUACUAGCUACACACAUGAAUGGGUCCGUGUUACCGCCGGACCACGGGUACCCGCUGCGGGUAGUGGUACCCGGGGCGCCCGCGGUACGCAGCGUCAAAUGGCUUGAAUCCAUAACGAUAGGCAAUGACGAGAGCUCAUCCCACUGGCACAAGCAAGAUUACCGCUCAUUCAACCCGUCCAAAACUUGGGAGACCGCAGACUUUUCCACCGCUCCACCUGUGUAUAGUCUACCCGUGACGUCGGCGAUAUGCGACCCGGCGGACGGAGAGAGGGUUAAGAUGAAGAACGGCUGUAUAGAAAUUAGAGGUUACGCAUACUCAGGCGGCGGCGCGAAGAUCCUCAGAGUGGACUUGAGCACGGACCGAGGCCAAUCAUGGGUGGAGGCGGAAUGUACGACGAGUGACGAUGCGCCACCGUAUCAUUACUCUUGGGCGCUUUGGACGGCGCGACUUCCAGCUCAGAAGGGAGAGGUGGAGCUAUGGGUGAAAGCGACCGACAGCAAUUUCAACACACAACCAGAAAAGUUCGAUGACAUUUGGAACAUCCGUGGCAUCUUAAGCAAUGCCUACCACAAGAUUAAGAUACAAGUAGACUGAUAACCUUAUUGUUUUUGAAAAAAAAAUGUAUACCUCAUAGAUGAAGUUUAUUAUCAUAAUUAGGUAACUACAACUCUUAGGUAUUGUAUAGUGACCUCCUUGAAGCAUUGUUUGAUAAAAUUCAAAAUUACAGUCAGCCAAAAUAUUGUUUUCCCCUCACUAGCUCGGAAACACGUGUUUUAUCCUUUAAUACCAGCAGGUAAAAACGCAUUUUAUCCACUAGUG